UUAUAGAAGAGGAGAAUAAUUCAAGAUUUUCUGGCGAGAAGAAGCGAAGAAAAUAUAGUAAACCGAGUCUUUGUCUACCUCGGCCCCGGCAUCUGUUUCUCAGUCUCACGUUUGAACACAGAAGCACAACAACCACAGCACUGAAAGAUAAAAACAAAUAUCAUAAUAUUAUAUACCUGCAGUCUGCAGAGAUGGUGAGAACCCCUUGUUGUGACCAAAAUGGACUCAAGAAAGGAGCAUGGACGCCAGAGGAAGACAGGAAGUUGAUUGCUUAUAUCACUAAGUAUGGCCACUGGAAUUGGCGCUUACUCCCCAAGUUUGCAGGUCUUGCCAGGUGUGGGAAAAGUUGCAGACUGAGAUGGCUGAACUAUCUAAGACCCGAUGUCAAGAGAGGGAAUUUUAGUCGUGAAGAAGAAGAAACUAUUGUCAAACUUCACGAAAAGCUGGGUAAUAGAUGGUCAGCAAUUGCUGCUGAAUUGCCCGGAAGGACUGAUAAUGAGAUAAAGAAUCAUUGGCACACAGCCCUUAAGAAACGUAUUGAAAAAAAGUCAUCAGAAGCUAAACGUGAAACUGCAAAAGAAAAAUUACCCAAGUCAAUGGAGACAGUGUUAGAGAACCACAGUGAUUCCUAUACAACAGAUGCUGCUGCUGCUGCAGCCGCAACAAACCGUGAAAAUUGGGUUCCAGAAAUCGAUGAUGAUUAUUUUUUCUCUGUGGACGCUUAUACGGAGUCUGCAGUGUGUGCAGAUUUCUGGACAGAGCCUUAUUUAGUUGACAAUUCCUAUGUUCCACCUGAGUAUGACGUUGAACUUUGGAGCCAAAACGAAUUGUAUGAGUGUGAGGGUUUAUUCAGCUGAUCGCAUGUUUCCGGCGAUUAAUUGGAAACUUCUAUUGUUGCUACUCGAGCGUGCCUCUGUAUAUGUAUGUAUUUUGAAUGCUUAAGUAACUUUAUGCCAAUUAAAAUGUUGUAUGUGAUGUAAACAAUAUAUUUCGUGACGGAAUAAGAUAAUAAAGAGUAGCAAUAUGUGAUUACUUUCAAAUA